GUUGCUUCUCGUUGCACCAUCAACACCAUCUUGAACAGCAAGUCCAUUUAUUUUUGGUAAUCUUUUCAAUUUCGGACUUUCCAGCAUUGUCAACGUAAUUGAAUCCAUCAUCAGUGAGGAAACUGGAUUGGCCUUUCAUUGAUGAUAUGAGUGACAUUCAGUGGUAGAGUUCUCGGGAAAAGAAAAUUCACGUCGUUUUGACCGAGUGUGACUGUUAGUGUUACACCCGUGGAGCCCACGUGUUACACAUCCAGAUUCAGUUGAGCUUGCGCCGACAUCGUACAUUCGAGAGCGAAGCGCGCCCGCGGGAAACUUUGAAUAGGUGCAUUGACGUGCGUGAUUAACGCAGACAGGCCAGGCCGCCGAAACUCUCCCGUUUGGUGAGAGUGAGCUGCACCCCCGAUUCGUCGACCGUUGCGUUGUGAAGUUUGGAGACGGUUUUCACAUUCAGAUUUCAGAAUGUCGGCCACUCUCUGCUUAGAAGAUGGCACCAAGUACACUGGGAAGUUGUUUGGAGCUAACUGCAGUGUUUCGGGAGAAGUUGUGUUUCAGACUGGCAUGGUAGGCUAUCCAGAGUCCCUGACUGACCCCUCCUACAAGUAUCAGAUUCUCAUCCUAACCUACCCUCUCAUUGGAAACUAUGGCAUCCCGCCCAACGACAAGGAUGAGUUUGGCCUCCCUCUCUGGUUCGAGUCGGAGAAGAUUCACGUGUCGGCGCUCAUCGUCGGAGAGCUGUCCGAGUACUACAAUCACUGGGCAGCUGCCAAGUCGCUCAGCGACUGGUUGAAAGAACAUAACAUUCCUGCUAUACAAGGUAUCGAUACAAGAGCUCUCACAAAGAAGAUCAGAGAGCAUGGAACUAUGUUGGGAAAGGUGAUUGUUGAAGGUACUAAACCAGAGGCCAUUCCAUUUGAAGAUCCAAACCUUCGCAAUCUCAUCGCCGAAGCUUCUACGACCAAACCGAUCGUGUAUAACAAGGGAGCACCAAUUCGAAUCACGUCAAUCGAUUGCGGCAUGAAGUACAACCAGAUCCGCCUCCUGGCCCAGCGGGGGGCCCAGGUUACCGUGGUCCCUUGGGACCAUCCUCUCAAUAUCGCAGAUUUUGACGGUCUGUUCAUCAGCAACGGUCCCGGUGACCCCAAGAUGGCGGAAGUCACCAUCAACAACAUCCGCUCCAUCCUGAACGAGACGACGACAAAGAUCAAACCGGUCUUUGGUAUCUGUAUGGGGCAUCAGCUUUUGUCCCUCGCUGUCGGAACAAAGGCUUACAAGAUGAAGUACGGCAACCGCGGUCACAACCAGCCGUGCACCCACAACGGAACCGGCCGGUGCUACAUCACCACCCAGAACCACGGCUUCGCCAUCGACACCAGCAAGCUCCCCGAGGGCUGGUCGGUGCUCUUCACCAAUGAGAACGACAAGACCAACGAGGGGAUCAUCCACGACACCAAACCAUUCUACACCGUCCAGUUCCACCCGGAGCACAUGGGCGGGCCGCAGGAUCUUGAGGUUCUGUUCGAUGUCUUCAUGGAUACGGUGAAGGACUUCAAGGCGGGCAAAAGCGAGAUAGUGACCGUUAAGCAGAGGAUUCAGGACAUCCUGAACUUCAAGGCCUUACCAGGUACCCCGACCCCAGACACCCAACCUCAGAAGGUACUCAUCCUGGGGUCAGGGGGUCUAUCCAUCGGUCAAGCAGGGGAGUUUGAUUACUCGGGUUCACAGGCCAUCAAAGCACUGAAAGAGGAAGGCAUACACACCGUUCUUAUCAACCCCAACAUUGCAACGGUUCAGACGUCUAAAGGCUUGGCUGACAAGGUUUACUUUCUCCCCAUAACACCAGACUAUGUGACACAGGUCAUAGAGAGUGAGCGACCGGACGGCAUCCUCUUGACCUUCGGAGGUCAGACUGGUCUGAACUGCGGGGUCAAGCUCGAGAAGAGCGGUGUCCUGCAACGCUACAACGUCAAGGUCUUGGGAACCCCCGUCAAGUCCAUCGAAGACACGGAGGACAGGAAGAUCUUUGCUGAUCGUAUGCAGGAGAUCGGGGAGCAGGUGGCUCCUAGCUCGGCUGCUUAUUCUGUCGAUGAGGUCAUCGAAGCAGCCAAUCACAUUGGCUAUCCUGUGCUUGUCCGAGCCGCCUAUGCCCUUGGAGGACUGGGGUCAGGGUUCGCCAACAACAACGAUGAGCUCCUCAUACUGGCCAACGCUGCGUUCGCCCACACCACCCAGGUCCUCGUCGACAAGUCACUGAAAGGAUGGAAGGAGGUAGAGUACGAGGUCGUACGAGACGCUUACGACAAUUGCAUCACCGUUUGCAACAUGGAGAACAUUGACCCUCUGGGAAUCCAUACGGGUGAAUCUAUCGUAGUAGCACCUAGCCAGACCCUGACCAACAUAGAGUACAACAUGCUACGGAAGACGGCCAUCAAGGUCAUCAGACAUCUAGGUGUCGUCGGAGAAUGCAACAUACAGUAUGCCCUCAACCCAGAGUCACAUGAGUUUUUCAUCAUCGAGGUGAACGCCAGACUGUCCCGCAGCUCUGCCUUGGCCAGCAAGGCUACAGGGUACCCUCUGGCCUACAUUGCUGCCAAGCUCGCCCUGGGGAUCCCUCUGCCCAAGCUGAAGAACUCGGUCACGAACUCCACCACGGCUUGCUUUGAGCCUAGUCUAGACUACUGCGUGGUGAAGAUACCUCGCUGGGACCUUAAGAAGUUCACCAAAGUCAGCAAGAAGAUUGGGAGUUCGAUGAAGAGCGUUGGCGAGGUGAUGGCGGUGGGUAGGAAGUUUGAAGAAGCAUUCCAGAAAGCACUCCGCAUGGUGGAUGAAAACGUGACGGGAUUUGACCAUGACAAAGAGAAAGUCUCUGAAGAGGUUCUCAACCUUCCGACCGACGAGCGCAUCUUCGUGGUGGCUGCUGCCCUCAAGGCUGGCUACACAAUCGACAAGCUUUACGAGCUGACCCGAAUCGACCCCUGGUUCCUCCACAAGUUCAACAACAUCAUCAACUGCACCACGGCCCUAGAGGCAUCUCCCAUAGAGCCUUCGAAGGAACUCAUACUCCAGGCGAAGAAGUUGGGAUUCUCGGAUAAGCAGAUCUCUAAAUGCGUCCUGAGCACUGAGCUAGCAAUCCGCACACUUCGACAGAGCUACGGUCUGAAGCCGUUUGUGAAGCAGAUUGACACGGUCGCUGCCGAGUGGCCCGCCAGCACCAACUAUCUCUACCUGACCUACAACGGCGACACUCACGACCUGGACUUUCCUGGAGGUCACGUGAUGGUGAUCGGGUCGGGGGUAUACCGCAUCGGUAGCAGCGUGGAGUUUGAUUGGUGCGCUGUUCGAUGCAUCACUGAAAUGAGAAAUCAUGGACGGAAGACCAUCAUGCUCAACUACAACCCUGAGACGGUGAGCACGGACUACGACAUGUGCGAUCGGCUCUACUUUGACGAGAUCUCUUUCGAGACGGUGAUGGACAUCUACGAGAGCGAGGAUCCCACCGGUAUCGUCCUCUCCAUGGGAGGCCAGCUACCCAACAACAUCGCUAUGGCUCUGCAUAGGCAACAGUGUCGUAUUCUGGGUUCCUCCCCCGAGUCGAUCGACAACGCGGAGAAUCGAUUCAAGUUCUCUCGCAUGCUGGAUCUGAUUGGGCUCAACCAGCCACAGUGGAAGGAACUCACCGACAUACAGGCUGCCAAGGAGUUCUGCCAGAGGGUCGGCUACCCGUGCCUGGUGCGACCGUCGUACGUCUUGAGCGGUGCUGCCAUGAAUGUGGCCCACACUCCCGACAACCUUGAGGGAUACCUCAGCAGUGCCGUAGCGCUCGGCAAGGAUCAUCCCGUCGUUAUCUCAAAGUUCAUCCAGGAAGCCAAGGAAAUUGAUGUGGACGCUGUUGCUCAGGAUGGUAAGAUCGUUGCCAUAGCGAUCUCGGAGCACGUGGAGAAUGCCGGAGUUCACUCUGGAGACGCCACCCUGGUGACACCUCCGCAGGAUCUGAACCAAGAGACGAUCGACAAGAUAACGGCCAUCACUGCGGCCAUCGGAGCAAGUCUAGAGGUUAACGGCCCAUACAAUCUACAGCUCAUCGCAAAGGACAAUCAACUGAAGGUGAUAGAAUGCAACCUGAGAGUUUCCCGUUCCUUCCCCUUCGUCUCAAAGACCUUGGACGUUGACCUGAUCGCCUUGGCAACAAAGAUCAUCUUAGGUAUUCCGGUGGAAGCCCUCGGCAAGCUGAAUGGCACAGGCAGGGUGGGGGUCAAGGUCCCGCAGUUCUCCUUCUCCCGUCUGGCCGGUGCGGACAUGCUCCUGGGUGUCGAGAUGGCGAGCACAGGCGAGGUGGCGUGCUUUGGUGAAGACCGGUUCGAAGCUUACAUGAAGGCCAUGCUCAGCACAGGAUUCCGUAUCCCCAAGAAUAACAUCCUCCUCUCGAUAGGAAGCUACAAGGGGAAAAUGGAACUUCUUCCUGCCGUGAGAACACUGGCUGCAAUGAACUACAGCCUGUAUGCCAGCAUAGGUACAGCUGACUUCUACAAUGAACACGGCAUCAAGAUCAAGCCAGUCGACUGGCCUUUUGAAGAGGAGACGCCUGAGCAGAAGAAAGCCAACGGCGACGCCCCUUUGAGCAUGAUGGACUACCUCUCGGAGAAGCACUUUGACAUGGUCAUCAAUCUACCAAUGAGGAACAGCGGAGCCCGUAGAGCCUCGUCGUUCAUCACCAGGGGAUACCGGACCCGACGCAUGGCCAUCGAUAAGGAGAUUCCGCUCAUUACGGACAUCAAGAAAGCUAAGAUGUUCAUUGAGGCUUUGCGUCGCAUUGGAGGUGCUCCACGCAUGAAGACCCACAUCGACUGUCUCACCUCCAACCGGACGAUACGUCUCCCGGGUCUCAUCGACGUCCACGUGCAUCUCCGAGAACCGGGAGCCACGCACAAGGAGGACUUUGCCUCUGGUACGGCCGCAGCUUUGGCUGGAGGAAUCACGAUGGUCGGUGCCAUGCCUAACACGACGCCGUCCAUCACUGACCAGUCCUCGUUCCAACUUGUCAAGAAGCUUGCUCAACUCGGGGCCAGAUGUGACUACGCCAUCUAUGUCGGAGCGGGACCUGAUAACUUCAACGAGCUCCCGAUCAUCGGUAACGCCGCCAUGGGGAUGAAGAUGUACCUCAACAAGACAUUCACAUCACUCAGAUUGGACAGUGUAUCGACUUGGAUUGAGCAUCUUCAAAACUGGCCUCGUCACCUGCCCCUGGUAGCCCAUGCUGAGGGAAGAACAACCGCAGCUAUCCUCUUCAUUGCUCAGUCUCUCAACAGACCCAUACACAUCGCGCAUGUCGCCAGGAGAGAGGAGAUUGAGUGCAUCAGGAUGGCCAAGGAAUCCGGCAUGCAGGUCACCUGCGAGGUCACACCUCAUCACCUGUUCCUGACCGAGGAUGACCUUGAUGACAUAGGUCAUGCCAGGGGUCAGGUCAAGCCUUGUCUGGUGACUGCUGAUGACCAGCAAGCAUUAUGGGAUAACAUGGACAUCAUUGAUUGCUUUGCGACCGACCAUGCCCCCCAUACGGUAGAAGAGAAGAACAGUGAGAACCCUCCCCCAGGCUUCCCAGGUCUUGAGACCAUGCUACCUCUCUUACUGACGGCCGUCAAUGAGGGCAGGCUCACCAUUGAGGACAUAGUCCUCCGUCUCUACACAAACCCCCGGAAGAUCUUCAGCCUCCCGGAGCAGAAGGAGACCUACAUCGAGGUGGACCUGGACCACAUCUGGACCAUCCCUGAGGCCAUGACCCACACCAAGAGCAAGUGGACCCCGUUUGCAGGUCGCAAGGUCAAAGGGGCGGUGCGAAGGGUCGUGCUGAGAGGAGAGCUGGCCUACGUAGAUGGGCAGGUGGUGGUGGAACCAGGCUUUGGUAAGGACGUACGUACCAUGCUGGAGGGCGUACCGACGCCCGCACCCCUGUCGGUCCAGGUUGCCCUUAACCCCCAGGUGUUGGGACAGCCCUCCUCCCGACCUACCUCACGCCCCUCCUCGCCCCACAGGCUGGGUAAAGAGGGUGAGACGCGCUUCCUGUUGCCUGCCAGGAUCCAUCGCCUGUCGGAAUCUGGUGAUCCCAACCUGAUGUCGCCCCCUACAAACCCCCCUCAGCCCACUAGGACCUUCUUUUCCUCGCCCCAGCAGGGCCUCAUGUCCCCCUUCGGGUAUGGGGAUGCACCCCCUCCUCUCACCCCUGUACCCAGUGUGGCUACCGGUGGGGUCUCGUUGAUGGGGAAACACAUCCUCAGUGCGGCACAGAUGACCAAAGAACAGCUUCAUCAGCUAUUCAACGUGGCCCACAACAUGAGAAUGAAUGUCCAGAAAGAGAAGAGCAUGGAUUAUAUACUAAAGGGUAAGGUUGUAUCUCUGAUGUUCUACGAGGCAAGCACUAGGACCUCAUGCUCCUUCUUGGCAGCCAUGCAGCGUCUCGGAGGUAGCGUGAUCAACUUCAACGAGAGUACCUCGUCUCACAAGAAAGGAGAAUCAAUGUCAGAUACCGUGCAGAUGAUGGCCAGCUAUGCCGAUGUGAUAGUCCUACGUCACCCUGAGCCCGGGGCUGUCGAGGCGGCCUCUAAGGCCUGUCGCAAGCCCAUCAUCAAUGCCGGUGAUGGGGUUGGAGAGCAUCCUACCCAAGCCCUGCUGGAUGUCUUCACCAUAAGAGAGGAGAUCGGUACCGUCAAUGGAAUGACGAUCACAAUGGUGGGCGAUCUGAAGCACGGUCGCACCGUCCACUCUCUGGCCAGACUCUUGACCCUUUAUCGGGUCAAUCUUCGCUACGUCUCGCCGGACAGUCUCAAGAUGCCGGCUAAGGUCAGAGAGUAUGUCCAGAGCAGAGGCAUCCCACAGGAGGAAUUCAGCAGCAUUGAAGAGGCUUUGCCAGAAACAGAUGUGUUAUACAUGACCAGGAUCCAGAGAGAAAGAUUUGAAAGCGUCGAAGACUACGACAAGGUCUCUGGUCAAUUCAUCUUGACCCCUCACACGAUGACCAAGGCCAAAGCAAAGAUGGUGGUCCUUCACCCUCUUCCCAGGGUUAAUGAAAUCAGUCCUGCUGUUGAUACGGACCCUCGUGCAGCGUACUUCAGACAAGCGGAAUGUGGCAUGUACGUCAGGAUGGCUCUCCUGGCCAUGGUACUAGGCAAAGCAUAGAUCACAUGUGGUCUUUGACAGUGUCAACAAAGUCUUUUGCAGCAUCAAGAUGGUCUUGUGACAGGGUCAGUGGGUCUAUGACGUUGUCUACAUGGAGUUUUACAGUAUCAGUGUGUUUUUGACAGGACAGGCAAACCUGUCUUAGUGGCCCCCUGUUUAUAAUGGUCACCUUUAUUAUGUUCUUCUGGGGAAAAAAUAAUUUUAUGUGUUGCAGAACCUGUAUAUGAAGGCCACCUGUCUAUAGUGGUCAGUUUGCAUUUUCCCCUUGGGUGGCCUCAAUAGGCAGGUUUGACUGUAUCUAUGUUGCCUUUAACAAUGUCAGUAUGGUUUUGGGCAAGGUAUUAGUUGCUUUUUGACAGUAGCUGUAUGGCCUUGCCAAGUAGCAUCGCUGUUUUUGACAGUGUCAAUGUUUUCUUUGACAAUGUCAUCAUCUGUUUGGAGCCAGCAGGGCAUUAAACCAUGUGC